AUGGUUAAAGGUGAUCCAAAGAAACCAAAAGGCAAAAUAUCUGCUUAUUCCUUCUUUGUACAAACAUUCCAUGAGAACAGAAGAAAAAGAUUCCUGAAAUUCCUGUCUUGCAGAAUUUUCAAAAGAGUAUUCAGGAAGAUGGAAAAAAAUAUGUCUGGAAAGGAAAAAUCCAAGUUUGACAAAAUGACAAAGGCUGAUAAAUUGCAGUAUAUUAGGGAGAUGAAGGAUUAUGGACCAGCUAAAGGAGGGGGCAGGGAUCCUAAUGCUCCCAAAAGGCCCCCAUCUGAUUUCUUCCUAUUCUGUUCAGAAUUUCACCAGAAGACAAAAUCUUCAAACCCUGGGAUAUUCAUUGGGGAUGUCAUAAAAAAACUUGGUGAGAUGUGGAAUAAUCUGGAUGAUAGUGAAAAGCAGUCACACUACAAUAAGGCAGCAAAUCUGAAGGAAAAGUAUAAACAGGAUGUUGCUGAUUAUAACUACAAAGGAAAGUUAGCUAGUGCAAAGGGAACAGUUAAAACUUCCUGGAAAAAGGUAGUAGAGGAAGAAAAAGAAGAUGAGGAAGAUGAUGAUGAAUAA